AUGUUUCGUCUCAUCACUAAUUUUGAACCAAAAGGAGACCAGCCUAAUGCUAUUAAGAAAAUAGUCGAAAGUAUUCACAAAGGUGAAAAAGAACAAGUGCUUUUGGGAGCCACUGGCACCGGCAAAACUUUUACCAUGGCAAAUAUUAUCCAACAAACUCAAAAACCAACUUUAAUUCUGGCUCAUAAUAAAACCUUGGCCAUGCAAAUCUAUCAAGAAAUGCAAGGUUUUUUCCCUCAUAACCGGGUUGAAUAUUAUGUCUCUUAUUUUGAUUAUUACCAGCCAGAGGCCUACAAGCCUGCUACUGACAUUUAUAUUGGCAAAAAAGUUCAGCGAAAUGCCAGCAUUGCCAAAAUGCGUUUGAAAACUCUUAACUCUUUGGUUACUGAUCGACAUGUAAUUGUGGUAGCCUCGGUGGCCGCUAUUUAUGGCUGCUUCAACCCCACCUCUUAUCGUAAGGUGGUUAUUCAUUUAGAAAAAGGGCAAAAAGUGGAUAAGGACUUGCUUCAAGAAAAAUUAUUGCUUCUUGGAUAUAAGAAUGAUAAAAAAAUUAACCCAGGAAAUUGCCAAAUAAAGGAAGAAAAAAUUAAUUUCAUGUUGGGAUGGGAAGAGAAUUAUUAUUUUUCGUUAAGUAUUAAGGGAAACGAAAUUCAGAAAAUAGAAAAAAUAAAUCAGCAAACGGGUGAAAAAAUAAAAGAAUUGAAAAAAAUUGCUAUUCCGCCCAGCCAAGAUUAUGUAGGUGAAGAAGGAGAAGAAUUAACCAAAAUUUUAACAAGAAUUGAAAAAGAAUUGACCGAGCAAAAAGAAUAUUUUUGCCAAGAAGGAAAGUUUUUAGAAGCCGAAAGAUUAGAAAAAAGAAUUCAGGAAGAUUUAUUUAACUUGCGGGAAAUGGGUUUUUGUCCCGGAAUUGAAAAUUAUUCCCGUUAUUUUGAUGGGAGAAGUGAGGGCGAAACUCCUUUUGUCUUGCUUGAUUACUUUCCCGAAGACUUUUUGACCAUUAUUGAUGAAUCCCACAUUACUAUCCCCCAAGUAAAAGCCAUGUAUAAUACUGACCGCCGCCGUAAGGAAACCUUAGUAAAAUAUGGUUUUCGUCUACCGUCCGCCCUGGAUAAUCGUCCUUUAAGUCAAGAGGAAUUUUUUGCCAAAAUCGGCUAUUCUCUUUAUGUCUCCGCCACCCCAGGUAAUUUCGAAUUAGAGAAAGUAAAUUAUCAACCAGUUGAGCAAAUUAUCCGUCCGACUGGCCUGCUUGAUCCAGAAAUAGAAGUAAGAACCACCCGCAACCAAAUUGCGGACAUUAUGGAGGAAAUAAAAGGAAAAAGCCACCGAGGAGAAAAGGUCCUUAUCUACGCUUUAACUAUUGCUAUGUCGGAGGAUAUUGCGGCUUUUUUGCAAGAAAGAAACAUUCGGGUAGUUUAUCUUCAUAGCCGUCUAGAAAUUUUUGAAAGAUACCAAGCCAUUACUAGUUUACGGCGCGGAGUGUAUGACGUAAUAGUUGGAAUUAACCUGUUAAAGGAAGGAAUAGACCUGCCUGAAGUUUCUUUGGUUUGUAUUUUGGACGCCGAUAAACCUGGAUUUUUACGAGAUACUCGCUCGCUAAUUCAAAUAAUUGGGCGGGCUUCCCGAAACAGGAAUGGCAAAGUUAUUCUUUAUGCUGAUAAAAUUACUGAUAAUAUGCUGGGCGCUAUUGAAGAGACUAAUCGACGACGCCAAAUUCAGAAAGAGCAUAAUCGGCAGAAUAAUAUUGUCCCCCAAACAGUUGAAAAACCAGUCAAGGACAUUUCUCUUGACCCUCUAAUAGCUCUGCUAGUAGAAAAAGCUCAAAAAGGAAAAAUGGGAGAAAAAGAGUUAAAAAAAUUGGUUAAAGAUGUGCGAAGAAAAAUGAAAAGAUUUACGCGGGAAUUCAAAUUUGACCAAGCCAUCGCUUUCCGCAAUGCCCUUUUGGAUUUAGAAAAGAUAGAGAUAGCCACUGCAUAG